AUAAUACAUAGACUUCUUUCUCCCAAACAAGGAAUCUGAAGUUUUUCGAGCGGUAACGUGGCCGCUUUAAAAUCAUGGUGGGAGGUGAUUGAGGUUUAUUAGCGAGUGGACAGGUGGAAGUAAGCAUCGUUAUAUUAGAGCACGUUAUUAGUUUGCGUUCAUCCUCCGGUGCGACCGGUUUCACAGUGUCGACCUACUUCCGAUUCAAUUACGUAUGUUCAUCCUGCCCGAACAAAGUGAUUUUACAUGUGAGAAAUUUCUCACAUAUCUUGUUCCCUUCUUAAUACGCAUCUCCGAAAUCAGGUAUCAGCGUCGUAUUAUGGAUAUCGUAAACAUAACAUAAUUACAGCGAUGAUUGGGGAAUUCUAAUACACCAGAGGCAGGGAUCGGGAUGCGUUCCGCAUACGCUCGUGAAUAUUGUAAAGGGCAAUUAAUCGGAAGUGAAGGGGCUCUGUGCCAUGGCGAGUCGACUAUGGAAGACAUUAUCGCGAAGACGGAUCGACAAUAAUGAUGAGAGCAAAAGCGAACUUGCCCGAGUUUUAGGCUUGUUUGAUCUCACAGCACUUGGUGUAGGUUCGACUCUCGGUCUCGGUGUCUAUGUCCUCGCCGGCAGCAUUGCUAAAGAGACGGCUGGUCCAGCCGUUUGCAUCUCCUUUCUCAUUGCUGCCAUCGCUUCCGGAUUUGCUGGAAUGUGUUAUGCAGAAUUUGCUUCCAGAGUUCCCAAAGCAGGAUCAGCAUACAUUUACAGUUACGUGACAGUGGGAGAAUUCAUUGCUUUUAUCAUUGGAUGGAAUUUAAUUUUGGAAUAUGUAAUAGGUACAGCAAGUGUCGCCAGAGGACUUAGUAAUUACUUAGAUGAAUUGGUAGGAAAUGUGAUAAGCAGAACAUUGUCUUCCGCGAUGCCUAUGAAUGUUUCGUUUUUAUCAGAAUAUCCAGACUUCUUCGCAUUUGGUGUAGUAUUACUACUCAUAAUCUUGUUGAGUAUGGGAGUGAAGGAAUCGACGGUUUUAAAUAAUAUAUUCACUGUAAUGAAUUUGACUACCAUUUUAGUAAUCAUAGUGGCAGGAUCCAUUAAAGCUGAUCCACUUAAUUGGCAGAUACCGAUGAAGGAAAUACCCCCGACAGUACAACAUGCAGGAUCAGGAGGUUUUAUGCCUUUUGGUGUAACCGGAGUGAUGAUGGGGGCGGCAAAAUGUUUUUACGGUUUUGUUGGAUUCGACACUGUGGCAACUACUGGUGAAGAAGCUAAGAAUCCUCAACGCAAUAUACCCAUAGCCAUUGUUAUUUCCUUAAUUAUAAUUUUAUUGGCUUAUUUUAGUAUCUCGACCGUGUUAACUAUGAUGUUGCCUUACUACGACCAGAACGCUGAUGCACCAUUCCCACAUGUUUUCGAAAAAAUUGGAUGGCCUACUAUUAAAUGGAUUGUUAAUAUUGGUGCAACAUUUGCAUUAUGUACAAGCUUGCUUGGUGCGAUGUUUCCGUUACCACGAAUACUUUACGCUAUGGGUAGUGAUGGAGUAAUUUUUAAGCAACUUGCGAAUGUACAUCCGAAAACGAUGACACCUAUUUUUGGCACGGUAGUUUCCGGUUUAUUUACGGGAAUUAUGACACUUAUUUUUAAUCUUCAACAAUUAAUUGAUAUGAUGUCUAUUGGAACAUUGUUAGCAUACACGAUAGUGGCAGUAUCUGUUUUAAUAUUGAGAUAUCAAGAGAAGGAAUGUUCAACAAAUACUCAUUCCAUAACAACAAUGAAUAGUUAUGAGCUAACGCCGCUCAGCAUCCUAAAACAAGUUGUUAAUUUGCAGAAUCAGAAAGAGAUAACUGAAAUGUCUAAUAAAGUCGCAAAAUGUUGUAUUGCAAUUUUAUGUAUCGUUAUAUUAGUUAUUGCAUUUUUGAUUAAUUAUGUAGGUACUGAAGCAUUUGGUAACAAUGUAAUAGAAUGUGUGAUACUAGUUGUACUUUUAAAUAUAUUAUUGUUAAUUAUAAUUAUUAUUGCAAGGCAACCUACUUGUGACAUUGAUAUAGCAUUUAAGGUACCAUUUGUGCCACUUCUACCAUCUUGCAGUAUUUUUAUAAACUUGUACUUGAUGUUACAGUUAGAUGCUUUUACUUGGAUCAGAUUUUCUGUUUGGUUACUUAUAGGUUUUAUUAUUUAUUUUUUUUAUGGCAUAUCUCACAGUGAACAAGGGAAAAGAGAUAAAACAGAAAGUGAAAUGAUGAAACAAAAAUAUGCAGAUCAAGUUAGGACCGUAACUAGCUUCUAA